GCCACAGCACCAUAUUCCACGGCUGGCUGGUCUGGUCGGUUUUCGCCGAUCCCAGCGACUCCACCUGGCCAAAUGGCGCCGCGGCCACUGGGCCCGUUGGUGCUGGCUCUGGGUGGCGCCGCGGCCGUACUGGGCUCAGUGCUCUUUAUUCUUUGGAAAGCUUACUUCGGCCGCAGCCAGGAGCGGCGCUGGGACCGGGGAGAGGCCUGUUGGGGCGCGGAUACCGCCCGCCUCCCUCAGUGGGACGAAUGGGAGCCCGAGGAUGAGGAAGAGGAGCCGGCUUUGGAGGAACUGGAGCAGCGCGAAGUGCUGGUGCUGGGGUUAGAUGGCUCCGGGAAAAGCACGUUCCUGCGCAUGCUGUCUGGGAAGCCACCGCUGGAAGGCCAUGUCCCCACCUGGGGCUUCAACUCUGUGCGGCUGCCCACCAAGAAUUUCGAGGUGGACCUGUUAGAGAUUGGUGGCAGCCAGAACCUGCGCUUCUACUGGAAGGAGUUUGUGAAUGAGGUGGACGUGCUGGUGUUCAUGGUGGACUCAACUGAUCGGCUGCGGUUGCCCUGGGCUCGGCAAGAACUACAGAAACUGCUGGACAAGGACCCUGAUCUGCCUGUUGUGGUGGUGGCCAACAAGCAGGACCUGAGCGGGGCCAUGAGUAUGGUGGAGCUGCAGCAGGAGCUGGGCCUGCUUGCUAGCAACAACCAGAGGGAGGUUUUCCUCUUGGCAGCCAGCAUUGCCCCUGCAGGAUCUGGCUUCCAGGAACCCGGCACUGUGCGCAUCUGGAAACUGCUCUUGGAGCUUCUCUCCUAAGCUGGAGCCACCUGCUUGCUGCCCAGCGUUGGAGACCACAGUUCUGCUUCUUCCUGCAUCUUCAUUGCCGGCCUAAGCCUUGGGCAGGAUCAUCAUAGCAGCACCUUCUUUGUCCCCUCGAGAGCAAGGCCAGAACCACGCAGAAGCCUUCCUGAUGAGGUGGACCUGGGGCAAGAGGGUGUAAGGCAGAGGGAAGACGGUGAUUGCCUCACCUGAGACCGUAGUUAGUGUAGCUCCAUCUCUCCUUGCCUUCCUACACAGUGCAAUGCUCCAUGGACUUGUGCUCUCUCCCUGCAGGUCCCACUGGUUGAAGAACCAGUGUGGGUAUCACAGGUACUCCUGAGCCUUCAGGUCUCCCGUUUGACUGUUCACUCUGGGUGAUGUCAUACGUUUUCCAUGUGGGAAGGGUCUGGGUGGAGCACAGUAUAUCCUUGCUUCGUCUGUGGCCUUGUGUUUCUGCCUUUCUGGCCCCAGGACCAUCAUUUUUAAAGGGAGGAGGUGACUUUCUAGUUUUUCCUAAAUGCCAGCCUUGGCAAUGCCAAAUGAGGAUCAACCUGAAGACUUUAGCAUAGAAUGCUCUGACCACCUCCCUGCUCUUAAGGCCUGGCCUGCCAGCCUUUAUUGCCCACACAAAGUGCAGUUCACCACACAGGUGAAGGACGGUUUUCCCAGGUCUGGAGACCGCCUGCUGCUUUUGCACUAACUGUGCCAAUGCCCAUGUUUACAUAAGUCUGCAGAAGGAAGGAACCUGAGUACUGGAACAAGCCUGAAGUUGGGGGGAGGAGCAUUUUAUUUAUUUAUUUAUGUAUUUAUCAAAGGAAUAGGCCAAAGUUCAAAGUUCUGUUUCUAGGUGCUGUAAUUGAAACCUUAGAUUGUCAAAAAAAAAUUUGAAGCUUUGAGAACUAUCUGGAAUCAUGACGGACAUUGAGGUAACCUAUGAGUGUCAGUGGAGACAGAGCUAUAGCUUCCCCCUCCCGCAGCCUGGCCUUGAGACCAUAAUUGGAGAUAAAUACUUGAAGGGAAUCUAGUACUUAGAUUCUGCCUUGUAGCCCAGGACACAGGACAGGACCAGCAGAAGAGCCAACAGAGUGGCCCUGGGUGCAUCAAGCCUUCUGGGACCAUUUAUUCGCCAGCAAAAGCUGCAAUGAACAUUCCGUGACUGGUGAUCAAGCGGUGCACAGCCAGUCUUCAUUAGGCACAAGCAAAGGAGCUUUGCCAGGACUGCUGAGUGAGAUGAGGUAUUACUCUAGCCCAGGGUGGCCUUGAAUUCAUGACAGUUGUCCUUCCUCCUUCCUGCUGGAAUUGCAGGAAACAUUGGGCCAUCAUGCCUGGCUUCCAGUUUGCUUUUUGAAAAUAGGCUGUGUGCUGUUUGCUAGUUGCCCAACAUACAGCCUGGGAAGUGGAAAGCUUCCAAGUUGAAGUGAGCACAGUCAUCAGAAGAGGGGCCCACUGUGCCCUUGGACUCCUCCUGCCCAUGAGAACGGAAUUACCGCAAUCUCACCAGAAGUGAUCUUUCUGCUUUUGUAUUAAAUACUUAAGGAAUGACUUGGAUUUUCCAGUAUUUGAAACUUUGUUGACAACUCUUCAUCUUAUCAUUAGGAAGGUAAGAAACUGUCAUUGUUUUAAGAAUCCCACCUUCUUCUCCAGUGCUUAAAGCUUACCUUGGAACCAGACUUGAUGAGAGGGACCCUUUUUCUUGACUUUCAAGUCCUUUGUCUAAUGAGUAUCAUUGUGUUAAAUUGUCAUAUUCCCCCAGGUGGAGGGAUCAAUUUCAGAAUAAAGUUUCACUGUGUCUAUUGAAGCAGA